AUGGUCCGGAGCGACCAAGAGGGAGGCGAAGCGGAAAACGCCAACGCACUAUUCGACUUGGCCGACAUGGAAAUUGACCAGAAGGAGCGGCGAAAAGUCACCAAGCUCCUCACGGAGUUCUUGGACAUAUUCAACAAGGACCAAUACGAUCUCGGAACAUUCACCGGCGGCUCGUUCAACAUCAAGACCACGAGUGAAGUGCCGAUACCGUACCGCCACCGACCGAUACCCAUGAAGUUCCAAGCGCAGGUGGAGAAGCAUUUUGAAGACCUGUUAGAGGCCGGCGUGCAUGAAACAAUCCUGAUGAGCGACCAUAGACCGUUGACAUACUUGUCGGAACGAGCGCCACUCCACGCGAAUUUGGCGCGAUGGGCAAUCGAACCCCAAAGUUACAACGUAACUAUACAAUACGUCAAAGGGAAGCAGAACACGGUAGCCGACGCCAUAAGCAGGAUGGACGAAGACACAUCGGACGACAAAAUGACCACAAUACCGGAGAUGGAAGAUGUGAUCGAAUACCCAGUAUAUCUUGCAAUGUCAGCUCACGUCCAGAUCGAAGGGGAUCCAACAUGCGAAGAAAUUCGGACACGCUUGGAACGAGGAGAUCCGGCUGUCGAAGGCACGCCGAUGGCUCACUACAUGAUCAACGAACAAGGUUUGGUCGUGAUCAACAUUCCGAUACAGAAUACCGACGUGUACCUACCAGUAAUUUCGGAACAGUUACGACACAGGAUAUUCGAAGAAUUCCACUCUGGAGCAUUAGGAGAAGGACAUUUCAACGCCGCCAAGACACUUGCAAAAAUGAGGAGGAAGGCAUUCUGGCCCAGCAUGAGCAAAGAGAUAUAUCAGUGGUGUCAACAAUGCGAAUUGUGUCAACGGCGAAGGAACCCCCAGAUAGCUUAUCGGCAGACAUUACGAUCAGUCACGACAGGGGCAGUGUUCACCAAGUUUGUCAUCGCUAUCCCCAUCCCCGACGCUAGAUCGUCAACAGUCGCAGCGGUGUUAGUCAACGAGAUCAUCACGCGGUUCGGAUUCAUGUACGAAUUGGUGUCGGAUAACGGGAGAAAUUUCACCGCCGAGCUAUUCCAAGAAGUGUGCAACUUGCUACAAAUCCGAAAAAUCUUCACGACGCCUUACCAUAGCCAAUCGAAUGGAGUGACUGAAAGAACAUUCCGCACAUUCCAGACGAUGCUCUCAAAAGUAGUAUAA